AUUUUUAUGUCAUUUUUUUCCCCCUCCUGAUAGUCCUUAUAUUGAAAUGCAAAUUGCAAAGAACAACUGUGGGAGGUUUCAUUGGAACCUAAAAGCAGAAGAAAAUUGUUAAUAGACAUGGUCCGAAGAGUUAUUAAAAUGUAUAUUAUUUUCAUAACUAGGUAUUUUCUUUGUCCACGCUGCUGGCUAACGAUCCCCAUGCAACCCUGGUGCUUUACAGUUUACUAAGCACUUCUAUGUGCAUCAGCUUAUAUCAUCCUCAUACCGCCCCGCCUCCUAACAACCAUACCAAUUGUUUCAGGGAUGAGGAAGCUGGAGUCCAGAGGCGUUAAGUACCUGCUGAAAGGUACGCAGCUGAUGACGGCCCGGGGUGGGCUCCUGAGCACAUUCUCCUGCCGAGGCCUUCCUUGGAGCAGUUUCCUCACUCUCCUAAGAUUUUAUCAUGUGGGCAACCUGCUGCAACUGGUUCUGCUUGGAUGGACAGCCUGAGGAGGCCCCACCGCCCCAGGGAGCCAGAACGCAGGCCUAUUCCAACCCUGGGUAUAGCUCCUUCCCUUCCCCAACAGGCUCGGAACCAAGCUGCAAGGCUUGUGGGGCCCACUUCGCAAACAUGGCCAGGAAGCAGCAGACCUGCCUGGACUGCAAGAAAAAUUUCUGCAUGACCUGUUCGAACCAAGUGGGGAAUGGGCCCCGCCUCUGCCGCCUCUGCCAGCGAUUCCGAGCCACAGCCUUUCAGCGGGAGGAGCUCAUGAAGAUGAAGGUGAAGGACCUGAGGGACUAUCUCAGCCUUCAUGACAUCUCUACUGAAAUGUGCCGGGAGAAAGAGGAGCUCGUGUUGUUGGUGCUUGGCCAGGAACCCGUAGUCUCUCAGGAGGGAAGGACUCAUGCCCCCGCCUUGUCCCCGGGCUUCCUGGAGCAGCAGGCCUUCCUGACCCAGCCUCACGCCAGCACUGUACCUCCUACCUCGCCGAGCCUCCCCUCUGUGCCUGCACAGGCCACCUCUGUUACCCCAGCCCAGGCUCAGGAAACCCAGCAGGCCAAUGGCCAUGUGUCUCAGGACCAAGAGGAACCCGUCUACCUGGAGAGCACAGCCAGAGCACCUGCUGAGGAUGAGACCCAGUCUGUCGACUCAGAGGACAGCUUUGUCCCAGGCCGGAGGGCUUCCCUGUCUGACCUCACCGACCUGGGGGACAUUGAAGGUCUGACCGUGCGGCAGCUGAAGGAGAUCCUGGCUCGCAACUUCGUCAAUUACAAGGGCUGCUGCGAGAAGUGGGAGCUGAUGGAGCGGGUGACGCGGCUGUACAAGGACCAGAAGGGGCUCCAGCACUUGGUGUGUGGUGCUGAAGACCAAAAUGGGGGAGCAGUGCCGCCCGGCUUGGAGGAGAACCUGUGUAGGAUCUGCAUGGACUCGCCCAUUGACUGUGUUCUGCUAGAGUGUGGCCACAUGGUAACCUGUACCAAGUGUGGCAAGCGCAUGAAUGAGUGUCCGAUCUGCCGGCAGUAUGUGAUCCGAGCUGUACAUGUCUUCCGAUCCUGAGGGCUUGCACCGGCUUCUUCAGUGCCUUACAGGGACAUAGCUUGCAGUGUCUGGGCUCCAGAUUGGCCAGCUUGGAGAGGGGCAGGCUAAAAAAUCUGCAGUGCUCCUAAGACCAGGGCAAGCAAAAUUGCUGUCACCUCUGGGUGUGCCUAUCUUGCCACGGAGGUGCACCUCUUGGCUGGCAGAGCCUGAGGCCAGUGGGAACUGGUACAGAUCGCAUGGGCAAGUCCUUGUUUCAGUGAUCUUGGGGUAAUGAUGGUAAUUGAUGGAGAGAGGACUUUCCAGAACUUGGACCGUAUCUUCCUCCCUUCGUCUGCAAACCUAACAGUUUCACCCUUCCUCCUGUGCCCCGCCCAUCCCCGAGCUGCCUGUGUGUUUCACUGGUCAGAAGUCCUGGUGCAUUAAUGGUUCUCUUCCUCCCCAGCACAUUGGAUUUAUUUCAGGUCUCUCUGGCUUUCUGUGCUUUAACCAGCUUUGCUAAAAUCUCUUGCUACAUUGCCUAAACUCCAUUGUUUGUUCAGACCAAAAAGAUGUUAGGUUACCAGACCAAUAGUGAUCCUCCUUAGGACUAAAUUUGGACCAGUAAACUUUCUCUGGUGAGAAAUGAAACACAAACGCUAUUGAAAAAUUUCAGUCAUCUAGAGUUGCUUCCUUAAGUGCUGAGCUUGGAAGCGGGGAGUCUCCUGAGCUAACCCUGGGAGCCUGCAGAGCACCCGGCUCCGAGACUGCAGGGAAGUUGGGAAUCUGUGUGUGUGUGUGUGUACGCACGUGUGUGCACGCACGGUGGCGUGUGGAUCAUCUCUGCUUCUCUUAGGGCCUGUGUGCCAUCCUUAGUUUUAGUUUACAAGAAAAGGGAAAGUGUUGGAUGGAAGCAGUAGCUUUCUGCUUUGAUUUCUCCAGCACAGAGGGAUUGUAAACCACUUUGCCCUGAGAAUGAAGCCCCUCUUUCCAUGGAGGUUUUAAACAUGGGCUCACUGAAGGCAUAGAAACAAAUGCAAAGAGCCUUACUUCUUUCUAGCUAGACUUCUGAAAUUCCUAGAGACCAAACCUGAGCCCCUCUGGGGUGUCUGAAGGUACUGAAUGGGACUGGAUUCAGCCCUCAAGCAGACAGCUUCAAGUCUCAACCCCUGGGUUCAUGGGGCCCCCUGCUCCCAUUUCCUUCCUCAGCCUACUGACUUGAAGGCAGGUAAGGAAGCAGCCUUCUGUCAGCCCUUUAGGAAAGCCCUUACCAGUUAGAGGGUAGUCUUGAGCCCUCCUAGGGUGGUUAUUACCACUGGAAGAGCCAAAGGGCCUAAGUUUGCUGGAGAAGUUUAGCCAUGAACAAACACGUGCUAGAAGAGCUGUGUGCUGACAUUGCCAGUGGGAGAACUACACAACCCUGAAGCAUCUGAGGGCCUUGGCAGGGCCCCAGUUCCCCUCCCCAGAUGUGCAGUCAAGUUCUCUCCGACUGGAACCAGUCAUGACUUUGGAAAACAGUGGGAAACCUCCCAGGGCACCUGUUUAUUGGUACAGAUAUACUUGGGCUCUCCCCCAUCAUCAACCACUAUUCCACUUCAGAGGAAUGGAAUUCUCUCAUAAAGUAGUUGUCAGUUGCACACUGGGCCGCUUACCUUGACAUUACACCAAGUCCUGGAUGAUCUGAUUCUGACAGCCUUUGUAGGAAUUGGGGGAAUCAAGAGAUAGGUCUGUGAAGAGGACCUUUCACCUUUCUGCUGGACAGUACAUACUACAGUUUACAAUGCCUACCGGUUUAGCAGGGGAUUCAGCUACUUUUUGAUUCCACUGUGAAACAGGUCUCUAUAUAUGCAACUCAGUUAAGAUCUAGCAAUAACUUCAGGGCAGAAACUGGCUCUCUCCCUACCCAAAACUUGCUUUCACUGCUGAGGCCUUACCUCUCCCUACCUCCCACAUUCCCUCCUAGACAGAAGUUAAAAAUAAUAUCCUGAAGGUUGGCUAGUUACCUCACUAAGAAUUAGAACUGAUAACAUUUGCUCAUUUUGGAGAACUUGCCUUUAAAUCUUUUGAUCUCUUUUGGUGAAGGUUUCGUUUCCAUUCAGGAAAAAAGGUGUCAAACAACCCUGAUUUGUUGUUGUUAAUCAUUAUUGCACCAAAUAAAGGCUGGGAAUUCCAAGUUCCCAUUUCAGUUACUAUCUAA